AUGUCUUCGUCACUGGCUCGCGCCCGCUCGCUACGAAAACCGACGCAAGGCUCGACAACAGACCUCCCUUCCACCUCGUCGACCACCGCCCCGUCCCAGCCGCAACGCAACGCCUCUCCUAGUAGACUACCCGCGCCUCGUCCUGCAACACGCCCGACAUCUCGUGUCGUGUCAAGCGGAAGCAUCAAUGACGCAUCGGCAGCGGCAGCAGCAAAGAAGAAGCCGAAUUUGAUAUCCUCGCUGCUGAGUCGGAGCUCCUCGACGCGCCAAUCCGCAACACGCAAAGAUGCCGCCGCCACGUCCUCCGUCAAGUCAGGCCCACCGAGCGCCCCAGCGACGCGGUCAACUGCAUCAAGCCUCUCCCGAACGUCGUCGACGCGCGAGUCGGGGCUGACUAGGACUCGGCAUCCCGCUUCCGCUUCUACGAGCACACUCCCCGGCACCACCGCGCGACCAACAACAUCAGGCGGCUUGCCUCCCAAACGCCCAACACCGUCGACAUCUUCCGCACCAGGCCACGCGCGCGCAAGGAGCGUAGCGACGCUGAACGGAAACACGGUUCUCCGACCACCCAGCCAACACUCCACGUCCUCUAGCGCAGCACCGAGAUCACGUCCGACAUCGAUGUACGGCGCACCACCCUCUUCAGCAACAACGACAGCAGCAGCUACGACAAAGCGCCCAGGGUCGGCGUCAUCAACGGCCACAGACCGUCCGGCAUCAAAACCGUCCCUUACGACGGCGACAAGAACCCGAACCUCACCCACAUCCUCCAAACUGGGCCCCAAGCCCACAGUCACAACACGCCAACAAGCGGCCUCCCCGACGUCACCCCCACGGAACAAACCCGUUCUCCGCCCGGCCUUCACAACCCUCCAACAACACUACUCCCCCGCCAAGUCCCUGGCCCCGAAGCCGUUGACAGCAACAUACCUCGCCCCUCCCUCCCCGUCCAAACUACCCACCAACGUCGCCCUCUCCGCAGAGACCUCCCGUCUCCAGACCGAGCUGCUCCAACUCCACCUCCUCCACCGCGAACUGCCCUCGGUAACAAAACAAUGGCACGCAUCCGCCCGCGAGAAGCUCUCCGCGCGACACGCCGAGCUCGCAAAAUCCUCCAGGGAACUCUCCGCGCUGGAAUCAGACGCAGCGGAGCGAACCAACGUAAAGGCCCUGCACAACUGGACACAGGCCUCGAAACCCAGCGGCCGCGGCGUCAUGGAAGAAAAGAUACAGCGCCUGGACGCCCUUCUGACCGCCCUCUGGUCCCUUGAUUCCCCGGGAGGCAAACAUAACCGUCUCGUCCGGUCCUUUGAGCGCUGGGCAUCCUCCCUCACCGAGCUCGAAGAGGCCCGCGCCAAGGCCGACGACGACGCGGACCCCUCGGCGCUCCUCGACUCGAACCUCGAGGUGCGGUUCGGCGGCGGCCUAGACGCGCGGUGGAAGGAAGAGUGUUUUGCGCUCGUCCGUCGGCUCGAGGGCUGGCAGGCUCAGUUGCGGGAGCUGGAGUAUGUCCAAGAGGCGAACGACCACGAAGACGGCAACGAAGACGGCAACGACGACGACAACAAUAAAGAGUCGCGCGUGUCGAGCCUGAAACGCAUGUUGGACGGGUGCGGGAGCUUGAUCAGGGAUAUGCUCGGCGAGCUGGCCGUCAUGGAAGAAAUCGAGGCCGCUGCCGUCGAGAGGGAGACGGAAUGGAUCAAGAAGAUGAAUAGGCAGGGAGACGAUGGCCAGACUCGUAGAGAUACCCCUAGGGCUGGUGCCGUUUGGAGAGUCAUGUAA